ACCUAUACACUUAGUUCCCUCGCUAAAACCCUACACCUAUUUUUCCCUCCAUCGUCAUCGUUCCUUUGCCGACUGUUAGCAAUCUCUUCAUAAUUUCUUCGCUCGAGAUUCUCAUGGGAGCGUUGCAGAUGCAAUUACAAUCUCGUCUUCGAGUUUCGAAGAUUUUGUUUUCAACAAUUCGGAAUUGGGAAAGAGGCUUUCCUCUGCUCCAUGAUCCAUUGCGAACGCCGGAUUUAUCACUCUCGCCGGUGGAAUCUCGCUGUUUUAGCUCCAAUUCCAUGGAUGACGAUUGGAACUUCUCAAGGUCCGAGCCGAGAAGCAGCCCGCCGCAACGACGUUCUCCGCCGGAUCCUCGCGAAGCUCGUCGAGUUCCCAAAUUCGCCGGGGAAGUAUCUGCUCCUUAUCCUGAGGAUAAUCGGAAUCAACGGUUUAAUAGGCAUUGGGAAGGUUCCGAGUCCCGAUUCGCAAACGAAGGGCCGAUGUCGCGGCGAAGGAGUGAGUCUUUGUCUCAGAAGGAUUUUAGCUUUCUUGAAAAAUUCAAGCUGAACACCGACAAUCUGAGUACUAGUACAGAGAAAACCGAGCCGAGCUCUUCUGCUCAGUUUUCUGAAUCAAUGCAGGGGAAGCAAUCGCAACCACAGUGUCCUCCAGAGGCGGAUGAGAUAUUCAGGAAAAUGAAGGAAACUGGUCUAAUUCCCAACGCUGUUGCUAUGCUUGAUGGGCUUUGCAAAGAUGGGCUUAUCCAAGAAGCAAUGAAACUAUUUGGUUUGAUUCGUGAGAAGGGUACAAUUCCAGAAGUUGUGGUUUACACUGCUGUUGUUGAUGGGUUUUGCAAGGCCGAGAAUCUUGAUGAAGCAAUUAGGAUUUUCAGGAAAAUGCAGAAUAAUGGCAUUUCUCCCAAUGCAUUCAGUUACGGCGUCUUGAUACAGGGACUGUACAAAUGCAAAAAAUUAGAGGAUGCCGUAUCAUUUUGCAUUGAGAUGUUAGAAUCUGGGCAUUCUCCAAAUCUAACCACUUUUGUCGGCCUAAUUGAUGAGUUAUGCAAAGAAAAGGGGGUGGACGAAGCUCAUACUGUCAUAGAAACCUUAAAACAAAAGGGAUUCUUGAUUAAUGAGAAAGCUUUAAGAGAAUUCUUGAAUAAAAGAGCCCCAUUUUCACCUCAUAUCUGGGAACUAAUCUUCGGGAAGAAAACGAAGGAAUUUUUCUGAGAUUCUUGUCGUGGUUAACAAGUUGUGAGAAGAGUGAAGAAUAUGGAUCAGAUACACCACCUGGCUUUGGAGAGGAGAAUGAGAAAGGAAAGGCCACGUUGCCAGGUAGCCAUUUAUUUUAAAGCUAAGUACAACUCAUCAGAUAUAUUAUGUAUUUUCUUUCCAGGAGCAUAAAUGAUUUGGUCGGCAUUAUUCUAUCUUUAAGUGUAAGUUUAGUCAAAACCUGGGAAGGGAGGUGGCUGCUCUUGUUUUCUUAUUGUUAUUAUAAGUGAAAAUGGAAAAGAAAAAUGGUAUUAAGAUAUGAAUGGAAGAUAUUGUUAUCAUGUGCAUAUUUAGAUACUUGAGGCAUUGACUGACUUUUGAAGUAUUGAGUGCAAUGUUGGGUCGGCGCCGGCCCUCUCUUUCCAGCUGGAAUCAUUGUUCUAACACACUAAAAUAUUAGCACAGAAACUCGAUGGAAUUUAGGAGAUCUUCCCCUCAAGAAUUCCGAGUUUUAUUUGUUUGGUUGACUUCUGGGUGAGAUUAGAAAUUUGAACAUUGGUCGAUAGUACGUGUCUAAACUAUAACACCUAUGCUCUUGUCAGGUGAAAGUAGAAAUUUGAAUUUUUGACUUCUGGGUCGAUCCUACGUAUCUAAACCUAUUGAGCUCUACUCUAGUGGGUGAGAGUAGAAAUUCAAAUCUUUGACUUCUUGGUUGAUCAUGUGUAUCUAACAGUUAAACUAUGCUCUAGUUGGGGAGAGUAAAGAUUCGAACAUUUGGCUUCUUGAUCGAUCCCAUGUAUUUGAACCUGUUGAACUUUUGUCUAGUGGGUGAGAGUAGAAAUUCAAAUCUUUGACUUCUUGGUCGAUCAUGUGUCUAAAUCAGUUGAACUAUGCUCUAUUUGGCAAGAGUAAAAAUUCGAACUCUUGACUUUUUGGCCAAUCAUACGUAUCUAAACCUAUUGAACUAUGCUCUAGUAAGUGAGAGUAGAAAUUCAGAUCUUUGACUUCUUGGUCGAUCAUAUGUAUCUAAAUCAGCUGAACUAUGCUCUAGUUGACAAGAGAAAAAAUUCGAACCUUUGACUUUUCGGCCGAUCAUACAUAACUAAACCUGUUGAGCUAUGCUCUAGUGGGUGAGAGUAGAAACUCAGAUCUUUGACUUCUUAGUUGAUCAUAUGUAUCUAAAUCAGCUGAACUAUGCUCUAGUGGACGAAAGUAAACACUUGAACCUUUGACUUUUCGACCAAUCAUAUGUAUCUAGUUGACUAUUAUCUAAUUUGGGAAAAUUCUGAAGUCGGAAGUUCACGUCCAGUAUGAAUUCAAGCUCAUAAAAUAGACUGUUUAUAUCAUUCCAGACCGACUUCACAAG